UUGAAAUAUAUAAAAAGUCAAAAAUAAAUUUCAUAAAAUUUUAUAUUCAAAAUUUUCAAGUUUUUUUUUUUAAAUAAUUAAUAAAAUUUCUCAAAAUCAUAAUGCAUUUUUGGCCUUUUAAAAAAUCAGAAGCAGACAUCGUUGCCAAAGAAACUAAAAUUGAAGAGCCUCCGUCAAACAAAUUUUCACAAUUUUAUGUUUUUAGUCAACAAUUCAAUGAGUUCAUUAAUAAUAAUAUGCCUAUAGGCUUUCAGCAGAAGCUUGACCAAACUAAACCCUAUAUAAUGGCCAGUUUUAUAGCAUGGCCUAUAUUUUGGUUAUACCGAGGCCUGGAAUGGAGCAGUCAUAGACAAAACGCUAGAUUACCCAUGUAUAUACAAAAGACCUAUUUGCAGGCCAAAUUUAUGCAAUUUUCCAUAAUAAUGUUUGGCUUAACAGUGGCUUCUCUAAUGGAGAACAAUAGAACGGAAUUUGUGGAAAAUACAUCAGGUCAAAUUAAGCGUUAAGGAAAUCGAUAUCAAAUAAAGAGAAAAAUAAAAAUAUCAUUAAUUAAAAAAAUAUGUAUGUAAAUAUUACUUGAAAACUCUACAACAAAUAAAUUACUUUAUUUUUACUUAAAA